UGUUGAACUGCCAAGUCCACAUUUGGCAUUGAUAAGGGCUGGACACAGGAGGAAGCUAUAAAGUGGAAGAAAAUAAUAAUAAAAAAUUGAAGUAGUUAUUCAGGCAGACAGGAAGAUCCCAGAACUGGUGUUUGCUGCUGAAGAUGGAGAUGCAGAUUUGGGGGAGGAAGACUUGAGGACCUGGAGCAGACAUGGGCUAUGGGCAGAAGAGGCAGGAUGUGAGCUCUGGAUUAAGCAGCUGGCAGAUGAGUUCCUUGACAAAGCUGAGACUUUGGAAUGAUGUGGGAACCAUGAGGCAGGAGAAGUGACAGGUGGGUAUAGAGGGUCUGAAUGAAGCUCUACGAUGGGACAAGAGCAACAGAGGUCCACAGAGCAGUCCAGUAAUAGGGCAGCAACAAGGAUUCUGUGAGUGAAGAAAGGUGAAGAAAGGGAAAGUACAAACACACAUAUACAUGCCCCAGGCCCCUGUACUCUUUGCUUUCACUGCUGGAAACCCUGACAGCCCCAGGCCUAGCUAGACUGAGGAUGUCCUCUGUCCUUCCCUGAAGAGCAAGCAGAGGCUGCUAUGGCAAUAGCAUAUUAUCCCGACUUACUGAGAGGAGUGGCUUAAUGAUAAAAGAUAUUUCCCUUGCAGUUUGAUACCUGCUCUCUGAACAGCUGCCAUUGCAUAUGGAAUACUCCUGACACCUUGGAUAACAAACAGUACUCGCAAAAUAGAAUUGUGAUUUCAGGAAGUCCAGAUUAAUGGAGAGAAAAAACACAGCCUGGAAUCUAGACUUCUGUAUAACAGAUAACUCCAACUUUUCUAAAACAGGCAUAUUCCGUGGACAGAUGAUGAAUGGUACAUGCAUUAUUUUCAUUUGCAACAGAAAUCCUAAGCUGGAGUGGUACUGUUAUUUGCUGGUUCUGGUUUGCCUUUUCACUUUAUUAACAGGAUUUCUAGGCAAUAUACUUGCACUACGACAUUAUGUUUACUGCAUGAAGACAUGGACUACCAAUACCAUAUUUCUCUUUAAUUUGGCACUCUGUGACUUUACCUGGACUCUUAUGGUACCUUUUUCAGUAUAUUAUAAUAUCCAGAAGUUUGCCAUCUAUUUCAGUCAAGCGUUUUAUCAGAUCACAAGACUAUUUUUUAGCAUUAAUAUCUAUGGAAGUGUGUAUUUCCUGACACUCAUCAGUUUUGACAGAUACAUAGGUGCUGUUCAUCCCAUCAGUUCAUUAACGUGGUGGGACAAAGAAAAGGCUGUGUUUUGCACCAUCGGGGUAUGGAUCUUCAUAGUGUUUGCAUCACUGCCUGAGAUUUACUACACAGUUGCAGCCAGAAGACAGCAUGACAUCAUAAAUUAUCUGGAUAGCACUGAAGAACCAUUACAAUUUGCCAUGCCAUUCACAUUCUCCAAAAUUGUAUUGAGAUUCCUAAUUCCAGCCACAGUCAUCUUUACAUGCUAUGUGCUGACUCUCAAAGCACUGCUACAACUCAGUAAACGUCAGCAAAGAAGGAACAGACUUGUUAGGCCUCUGCUACUGAUUUCAGCUGCUAUGAUUGUCUUUGCUGUUUCUUUCACACCUUACCAUGUUAUGAUGAUGGUGAUACUAAUUUACAGAAUUAAUUGUCAACCACCCUGUGGGAAUAUAAGCACAUUAAGUGCCAUUUACAAAGUCACAGAGAUCAUCUGCAGCAUCAACAGUUGCCUUGACCCAAUCAUUUUUACAAUAGCAAAUAAGACAUUCUAUCAAAGAAUUAAAAAUAUAAAAUGUCAUCCCAAAUGCCAGUACUGCUGUUGUCUGACAGGAAGGGUAAGGGACAUCACUCUCUCUGUGAGAACAAUGUCUUAA